AUGAAAUACCCAUCAACAAACACCGGACAAUCAUUGAGAAACGAGUACUUCACACAGAAAAGACUCAGAGAGGCAGAACGUCGGAAUCUUUUGAUUCGAGAUUCUUCGGAAGAGUUUGUGAAAGAAAUUCCAAGACCAGAGCUUCUAGGUCGGCUAAAUUCCGUUCAACCGAUAACAAUUGAAAAAGAACAAAAAAGGAGUUUAAAAAAGGAAAUACUCGGCGGAUCACUAGAGACCACAAUGACAGACCAGUAUCGAUCUCCAAAUCAAGGUACAAACAUCAAAUCAGUCCAAGAUGAUCCAAUUGACCACCCACCACAACAACUUUCAAUGGGUUAUCAAGAGUUUCGUCAAGAUCGACAAAGCGCGGAAGUGACAGGGACCUAUCAAGAGCAAUUAGGCGAUUCACUUGGAUACGAAGAAAUGGCACACGUCGAGUUGCACAUUGAGGGAGAUUCUCGGGGAAUCAAGAAAGAGCAAAUCGCUCAUACUCAUAUUGCUUCAUCGCAAGGAAAUCAAAAACCGAAUGAACGAGUCCCAACAAGUCAUUCGCAUGAAACUCAACUCAUCGACAAGCAUGAAGAACAUCCACAUGAACAUAAACACAAAACGAUUCUAGGGAAAACGUCAUCAGCAAUCAACAGAGCUCUAGAAAAUCUUCAUAUCAAGAAAUCGAAGAAAGAGACAAGAAGUGGAUCCUCUGGAUCAGAGGGAAGUCGAAAGAAUACACAAGAGAUUCAUAUUGUUUCGCAAGCUAUUGCUGAUCCACAAGAUCCGGAUAAUAUCGAGAAUCGUUUGCUUAGAUCUGGUGUACCACAUGUGGAUAAAACUCGACUCAAUCAAUUGGAAAGAGCUCACGAAGUCAACGAGAUUCAUUUUGAUCAACAACCUUUAUCGGAAACGGAAAGUGAUGCAUCGACGGUGAUCUUGAAAGAAAAACCACAGGAAGAGAGUAUUUCGGCUACAGUUCAUGUACAUCGACAGGGUGAACACAUUCACACAAAAAUCUCCCAAUCUGUUGAAGAGAUUCACGGGGUUGAGCCACGGUUUGAGCCACCGAUUCCACCAAGGGCACCGCUUGGCUCACUCACUCCACCACCAAUUCCACCGAAAAGUUAUCGAGGCGAAGAUGAUGCUAUGUAUGUACAAUACAAUCAACCAUCACCGAUUCCACCAAGAAAAGUGCCGACAACACCGAUUUCCACUUAUAAUCCAUAUACUGUUCAAAGUGAAAUCGAUAAAGAAGUGAUAGAAGUGGGAAGUGUCGAUAGAGAAGUGAUGGAAGCGAAUCGAAAUAAGACUUUCUCUCCUGAGCCAGUUAUUGAUGAAGCUGGAUAUGCUGUUCCGGAAAGAGUUCUCUCACCACCACCUGAGUCAAAUAAAGAUAAGAAAUGGACAUGGAAAGGAACGAAUUUAUCAUCGAGAAGCCGAACUCCGACCGAUUAUGAAGUGGCUAAUUUGAUGGCUGAAACGGCUAGAAUUGAUUUGAUUCACGAGUAUCAAACGAGUCAAGAGAUUCCACAUAUGGUUGAGCCGAAUCACGUGAAGAGUCCCGUUGAAAUGGAAAGGGUUUUGAGUCCGGUGUUAAGCCGAGAGCAUGAGGGGUUAACAAAAUUGCGCUAUGAUGAUGAGCUUGAAGAACAGCUGAGAGCAUCAAUCCUUCACGCAACAAAAUCCCUCACUCAAACCGAGAAGAAACAGGAAACUAAGCCCCAUAAACAGCCGAUCGAAUACGCAUCAAUCAAUCGCUCACCGGCAACAGUUCAUCAGCAAUUUGAUGCAACUUUUUCUACAACAUCCAGCAUUUCUUCCACAGAUAUUGUUCAUGAGGUGAUGUCUCGAAGAAAUCUCCGUCUUGAUGGAGUAUCGAUUCGACCAAUCGACACGACAAUCACUCCACCAUCGACUCCAAUGACAAAUCUUUCAUCGGUGCCAACACACUCAAUCGGGGAUUAUUUGAGAAGCACGGAUAGUCAUCUAUCAACACAUCACGAGCACGAAUUUCACGAUUUAGUUGAUGGGGAAAAGAGUGAAUCGAAAAAGAGUUCUCCAAUCUACGAUGAGGUAGCUCGCGAUUCAUCAGUGAAUUCAUCGAUUCACACACCGACAACACCAACACCAAUUGCUGCCAAAAGAUCGCCAACCACCAUCCACAAAUCCAUUCCAUCGCCUCAAGCUUUUGCCCCGAAAUCGCCAAUCACCACCUCCAAUCCCAUUCGAUCAGCUCAAAUUUCUGGUCCAAAAUCGGCAAAGAAUCACGAGUAUGAUGAAGUUGCAAGAGAUGAGAAACCGAAAAAGAACGAGAAAAUCGGGAUUUCAAAUGAAUCGAUUCGACAUUCGGAUUUGCCAACAUCAUCAACAACAACAUCACAACAACAGCAACAUCAUCAUCAACAACAACAUCAACAACAGCAACAUCAUCAACAACAACAUCAUCAACAACAGCAACAUCAUCAUCAACAACAACAUCAUCAACAACAGCAACAACAGCAAGGAUAUCAUCACGUUCUGAACACUGGCGCCUACACAUCGACGGUGGAGACAAGUUUUGGAGAUGAGAAUGUCUAUGAAGAGAUUGAUCAAUAUCAGAUUAACGCUGUGCAAAGAGCUCCUCCACCAAUCCCUCAAUCAGCCAUUCCACAACGAGUUCAAAUGGCUCGAGAGACAUUUGCGCAUAAACAAGAUUCGAGUGAAGAGCGAAGAUACGAGGGAAAUCGCUAUCACGAUGAAGCGGCUUUUGGUGAAAUUGGCGAAGAUGAGGCGCUUGAUUGGGAGCUUAUCUACACGGACCAAUGCAAUUCGGACAAA